AUGCUCAUUUCGAAUCUACCCGUCCGGCCCGACGCGUCGACGCAAUGGAAGAAGCAACCUGACCGGAAUCAUGACUGGGGGCAUCGCGAAUCUGAAGGUGAAGAAGACGUCGGCCAAUCGAAAGGGAGCAGCAACGAGAAUAGCGGCGGCAGGACCAAGUAUCACAAGCUCCCGAAGUCGCCAGGAGGCAAGAAGAGGUCGAAGAAUAAGGGCGAAGCCUCGCGGGAAGUUCGAGAAGGACAGACGGUGGUGCCUCGUGGUCCGGAUGGGCAGACCGUUGUUCCGCGAGGGCCUGACGGAAUGACUGUCACCCCUCGUGCACCGGAUGUGCCCAAGGAGCCUGUGAAGCUGAAAGACGAGAAUUCGGAUGACGGAGACGCUGGCAGCCAGGGUCAAGCCGAUUCGGACCAUGGGCCAACCGAAUUCGACGGGGACUUGGUACCAAUAUCUUACCUGCAGCAGCAUUUGCAGCCGAUGUUCGAAUUCAUCAAGACGACGAAGAAGGCAAACACACAGCCAAACACUUCAAGAAGGUCGCUGCCGAAUAUUUCAAGACACAAAGGGAAUCGACGAUCCAGAAAAAUGGGGCAAAUGCAUGGAUCACUACUUGCGCAUUGCUCUUCGACACUC